GGGCUGGAGCUGGGGCCAGGAGGGAGGGAAGAGGGGGGCGGGAGGCUGUGCUAGUCGAGCCAGAGGGGUGCUCCGCGCUCCCCGCCCUCCUUCCGGGAGCGAGGAUGCAGACUGUAGAACUGGUGCUGCUGGGCUGAGGCGGAGGCAGGGGAAUUGCAACGCGCGCGUGGCUCUGCGAGUGUGUCUCCUGCGCGCUGAGAGGCGGGGGGAGGCGGAGGACCGGGAGGCGGAGGAGGAGGAGGGGGAGAAUGCCCGGAGCCGCCGCCGCCGCCGCCGCGAUGCUCCCAGCUCAGGAGGCUGCCAAGCUGUACCACACCAACUAUGUGCGGAACUCGCGGGCCAUCGGUGUGCUGUGGGCCAUCUUCACCAUCUGCUUUGCCAUCGUCAACGUGGUGUGCUUCAUCCAGCCCUACUGGAUCGGCGACGGCGUGGACACCCCGCAAGCCGGCUAUUUCGGGCUCUUCCACUACUGCAUCGGCAACGGCUUCUCCCGGGAGCUGACCUGCAGGGGAAGCUUCACGGACUUCUCCACGCUACCCUCGGGCGCCUUCAAAGCCGCCUCCUUCUUCAUCGGCCUCUCCAUGAUGCUCAUCAUCGCCUGCAUCGUUUGCUUUACCCUCUUCUUCUUCUGCAACACAGCCACCGUGUACAAGAUCUGUGCUUGGAUGCAGCUCACCUCCGCUGCCUGCCUCGUCCUUGGCUGUAUGAUUUUUCCUGAUGGCUGGGAUUCAGACGAAGUAAAACGGAUGUGCGGGGAGAAAACGGACAAGUACACCCUCGGGGCCUGCUCGGUGCGCUGGGCGUACAUCCUGGCUAUCAUUGGAAUCCUGGACGCCCUGAUCCUCUCGUUUCUAGCAUUUGUGCUCGGGAACCGACAAGACAGCUUGAUGGCAGAGGAACUGAAGGCAGAAAACAAAGAUGAUGGAAAUGCUUAAGGCAAACUAAGGUAGUGUGAGACCUCACCAUUUCUGUUAAGCCAAUAUUCUCUAGAAUGAGCACAAAACAAGUCAAAUAACAGCUAAACAAACAGCUUUGUACAUCAGCAUCAAGAAGGAAGACGCUUGGGAGAGAUCAGAGUCCAGAGACGAAUAUGCACAAAAGUGAACCAUCCACUCUUCAAAGCAACUUCGACUGUAGAUCUGCAGAGAUUGAAAGAUUCUUCUGGGAGGCGCUAUGGUUGCGGAUUAAACACCAGCUCAUUGGAAACUGUCAUUAAAUAAGAUCAGAUAACAUUCAUGAAAACCAUAUUCAGGAAAUAGUUUAAGAGAGACGAAUAUAAACGUGCUAGGAUUAACGUGUAAAAUAUAUAUGUACUGAGGUUUAUAAGCUGUCCUUUUUAAAUCAAACUGAAAACAAAAAUAAAAGCUUUAAUCUUUCAAUACUAUUAAAUGAAAUAAAAGGGCAGUUAGCUCUAGAUUAUUCCUGUCUCGGUAGCCAAGAGGCCUAUCACUUGUCAUUUGUCAAAGAAUGCCUCCGAUCUUUGGUUCCUCGUCAGGAAUGCCCACUCAUCUCACUGUGCAAUUAGUCGCAAACACUUGCCUAUUACAAGAGUUAGCCCUCCAAACUUCUUACCAAGUGUGUGUUCAGUUUAAUCUGUCCGUACGAGUUCUCACCACAGGAAUGUUCCUGACAUGUGCUGUGACUCCAUCAAACUGGGACUCACAGGAAGUACAUCAUUACAUCACAGGUCCCCAAGCAACAUAGAUCUCCCUGUCAGUGCUGGAACAGCACCAAGGAACACUGAACAAUACAGAAAGUUUAUUUUCACUUGGAUGCUCUCUCAUGUAAUAUAUAGGCUGCUAUCAAAUAAACACUUUUUCUAAUCCUCCCUAGUAUAUGAAUAGGAAUUUAAUACACUUUAUAAAUAGAUAUCUAAAAUAUGAGUUUUCUAUUUCUUCAUUCUAUAUGUCAUUAGAAAUCCAUAUUCUUUAUUUCCUUUACUGACAUAUACUCAUUUUUGUUUUGCUAAAAGAAAUUGUUCCAUUAAAUCUACUUCUAAAUGAUCGUAAGUGGUACUAACAAAAUAAAUAAAAUCUUAAUAGCCUUAGAAGUAAAUAACUAUAUACUUAUACAUGUCAAAAAAAAACUUGCUAGGAAUAAGUUACCUUCUGUUUAUUAAUGUUGAUUUGGAAAAUUCUCAUCAUUUUUUUUUUCUUUUGGAAAACUACCCAAGCUGUCUUCAAGGAUCUUUUCCUCCCAGGACCCCCCAACUGUUGCCCUCAUGUCCUGCCUAAGUCCAACAACAGAGAACUAUUUGAUCUUGAAGUAGGCCAUUGUCUGAGGAUAAACACAAGCCAAAGUGCCCAUGAGGGGAGCUCAGCGGAAGCCAGCCCGUGUUCUGUGCCUGAGCACACAUCUAGAUGCCUUCACUCCAGGCUCAGAGCAAAGUUAAAGUAGCAUCUGUCACUAGGGCAUCGGGCGGAGGUGACACAGGAAUCAGGGUUGCCCGCUCUUCUGCUCCCAUAAGACCGCACUCAUAAUUCCAGCCAUGUCUCCACCCCGAAUCAAAUGUUCCAAGUGGCUAAAAGUAUAUUACAGAUACACUCAAGUGCUCAAGCAAGUAAAACUCAGUUCACAGAGGUGUGGCUUCCCCAACUUAAAGGAACGCUUGGUCUCUCUCUAUACCUAUAGCAUUAGUCAUUCUGGGAGCUAUUUGUCGCUUGAAGCAGUAGUUGCCCUGAUGCAUUCAGAAUACCCUAGUCACUAAAUUUAAUUACACACAACUUUUUAAAAAUCCACCUUUUAUUUAAGGGGAGGCAUCUCUAUUUCUACACUAAAGCAGAAGUUGUUAGUUUCCUUCAAUCCAUGUAAAGUGUGAUUCUGUCUGGGGUUCUACAUCAUCAUUAGCAGUAAUGUUUUAAAAAAAUAA